AUGGCACGGUUUGGAGAUGAGGUACCGGCCAGGUAUGGCGGUGGGCCCGGCGGAGGGGGCCCGGGCGGCCGAGGUGGGAGCAGACAAGGAGGACCCCACGGACACGGUCACGGACACGGGCAUGGACACGGCCAUGGACAUGGCCCACCCGGAGGGCCCGGUACCCAGAGAGUGUACAAGCAGUCUAUGGCGCAAAGAGCCCGGACCAUGGCCCUGUAUAACCCCAUUCCCGUGCGCCAGAACUGUUUCACCGUCAACCGCUCGCUGUUCAUUUUCAGUGAGGAUAACUUCAUCAGAAAAUACGCCAAAAAGAUCACCGAAUGGCCUCCAUUUGAGUGGAUGAUUCUUUCCACCAUCAUCGCCAACUGCAUCGUCUUGGCUCUGGAGCAACAUUUGCCUGAUGGGGACAAGACGCCGCUGUCUGAGCGCCUGGAUGAUACGGAGCCGUACUUCAUAGGGAUCUUCUGUUUUGAGUCUGGAAUAAAGAUCCUGGCGCUCGGUUUCGCGUUCCACAAGAACUCCUACCUGAGGAACGGAUGGAACGUCAUGGACUUUGUGGUGGUGCUCACGGGGAUCCUGUCCACUAUAGGUUCCGAUUUCGACUUGCGGACCCUCAGGGCGGUGCGAGUAUUGAGGCCCCUCAAACUGGUGUCCGGUAUUCCCAGCUUACAGGUGGUGCUCAAAUCCAUCAUGAAGGCCAUGAUUCCUCUGCUGCAAAUUGGCCUGCUUCUUUUCUUUGCCAUCCUCAUGUUCGCCAUCAUCGGCCUGGAGUUCUACAUGGGCAAAUUCCACACAACCUGCUUUGACAAUCACACAGGUGAGAUCCGGGAAGAGUUUCCAUGUGGGACGGAGCCUCCGUCCCGGCUGUGUCCCGAGGGCACCAUGUGUAGGCAGUACUGGCUGGGACCAAACUACGGCAUCACACAGUUUGACAACAUCCUGUUUGCUAUCCUCACCGUCUUCCAGUGUAUCACCAUGGAGGGCUGGACGGACCUGCUCUACUAUAGCAACGAUGUCUCAGGGAGUGCAUGGAACUGGAUGUACUUCAUUCCCCUCAUCAUCAUCGGCUCCUUCUUCAUGCUCAACCUGGUGCUGGGUGUAUUGUCAGGGGAGUUUGCCAAAGAGAGAGAGCGUGUGGAGAACAGAAGUGAGUUCAUGAAGCUCAGAAGACAGCAGCAGAUUGAAAGGGAACUCAAUGGUUAUUUGGAGUGGAUCUGCAAAGCUGAAGAGGUCAUCUUGGCGGAUGAUGACAAUGAAAAUGAUUAUGACGGCUCACGGAGAAGAGCCACAAAGAACCAUAAGAGCAAAGCAGAGCUUUUAAACCCAGAGGAAGGGGAGGGAGAUCUGGCAGUCGGGUCACCGUUUGCCCGCGGCAGCUUGAAGAGCUCCAAGCUCGAAGGAUCGGAUUUCAAGCGGCGGGAGCGCCGGCUCCGCUUCCUUGUCCGACACAUUGUUAAGUCCCAGGCCUUCUACUGGACCGUGCUGUGUUUGGUGGGCCUGAAUACCAUGUGUGUGGCUGUAGUGCACUAUGACCAGCCAGACCCACUGUCAGAUUUUCUAUAUUUUGCUGAAUUAGUCUUCCUGGGGAUAUUCUUGACAGAGAUGAUGGUGAAGAUGUACGGCCUGGGCAAGCAGGCCUACCUCAACUCCUCCUUCAACUGCUUCGACUGCAUUGUGAUAUGCGGUAGUAUUUUUGAAGUGCUGUGGUCCAUCAUCCAGCCGGGCACUUCCUUCGGCAUCAGUGUGCUACGAGCUCUCAGGUUAUUGAGGAUUUUCAAAGUCACCAAGUACUGGGCAUCUUUGCGUAACCUUGUCGUCUCUCUGCUCAACUCCAUGAAGUCCAUCAUCAGCUUGCUCUUCCUGCUCUUCCUCUUCAUCGUUGUCUUCGCCCUGCUGGGCAUGCAGCUCUUCGGAGGACAGUUUAAUUUUGAAAGUGGCACUCCUCCAACCAACUUCGAUACCUUCCCCGCAGCAAUAAUGACAGUGUUCCAGAUUCUGACUGGCGAGGACUGGAACAUGGUGAUGUACGAUGGCAUCAAGUCUCAAGGCGGAGUCAACAAGGGCAUGGCCUUCAGUGUCUUCUUCAUUGUCCUCACACUUUUUGGCAACUACACUCUGCUGAAUGUGUUCUUGGCCAUCGCCGUGGAUAAUUUAGCCAACGCACAGGAACUGACCAAGGAUGAACAGGAGGAAGAGGAGGCUGCCAGUAAGAAGAUCGCCCUGCAGAAAGCCAAGGAGGUGGCUGAAGUCAGCCCCUUGUCUGCCGCCAACCUUUCCAUUGCAGCCAACAAAGUACACAGUGAGUGUCACAACGCUUCCGACCCCUUUCUGGACUGUAAGGAGCAGCAGAAGAACAACAAGGGCAUCAACAAGUCAGUGUGGGAACAACGCACCAAGGAGCUGAGGAGGCAGACGCUGGUGACCAGCCGCGAGGCGCUCUACAAUGAGCUGGACACCGAUGAACGCUGGAAGGCAAGGACAGGGAGGGAGGAGCAAAACAAUGUGAACUGCUCCCGUAACGUCCGUCCAGACAUGAAGACCCACCUCGACCGGCCGUUGGUGGUUGACCCCCUCGAGAACCGCAACAACAACACCAACAAGACCACCGCAAACAAUUCAGAGCUCUGCUUCAGCCAGCAGCAGCCUGCUGACGAGCUGAACAGACAGACACGCCUCCACGAACACAGCGGCCAAGUCGGAGGUGGUGGCGGAGGAGGCUCGGCUCCGGUCAGGCCUCCCUUGGAUCGGGGCGAAUCCACAGAGAGCCGACGGAGUCGUAAAGGCGAGCACCACCACCGCAGCUCUCACGUCCGAUUGGACGCCACGGUGAUUCCUGGGCCAGGCUCGGAGGAGAGGCCUUCCAGGCGGCAUCACCACGCCCGCAGCGGCAGUCGAGGGGGCGGGCAGUCAGAGCACAGGAAGCCCAGAACGCAUCGGAAAUGUGCCGAAGAUGGCGAGGAUGGCGCGGGAGGAGCCGUAAAAACGGGGAGACACAAGAACAAAGGAGUUGACGGAGGUGGAGAAGGAGGAGAGCGGGAGGGAGCUGGGGAUGGCAGUGAGAGGAGGCCAAGAAGAAAUCGCCAUGGCAACCAAACUGAGGGCGAGGGGAGGAGGAUGUGCCAGCACAGAAGGAAGGAUUGCGGUGUCCCGAACCUCUCUACGACACGGCCCAUUCAGAAGAGCGUCUCCAGGCAGGACAGCCAGUACAGUGAGGACAUGGACAACCUCAUGAAUACCAAGCUGGUCUCUGGCUCGACCCCGGCCAGCGAUGGUCAACCUAAUCCAGUUCCCAACCACAUUGUGGCCCCAGGCUUUGGAUCUGCCCUCCAACUUGCUAACAGUGGCACUCAUGGGAGUUUGGUCACAUUAGAUAGCUACGGGAGCAUCGCCCAUCACCGUACCAACAGUGUCCUCAGGCUGCCCCACCCUGACUACACAGCAUUAGACGUGCCCAUUUUUCCAUCCACUAAUGCCAUACUGCAGAUCAAUAAGAAUGCCAACACAGAGCCCUUGCCACCAAAGGAGGAUAAGGACGACGAUGAUGAUGAGAAGGGCGGUGAAGGCGGACGCAAGCCCAUGCCUCCCUUCAGCUCCAUGUUCAUCCUGUCCACCACCAACCCGUUUCGGCGGUUGUGUCACUACAUCUGCACCCUGCGAUAUUUUGAGAUGUGCAUCCUGCUGGUCAUUACCAUGAGCAGUAUUGCCCUGGCAGCUGAAGACCCUGUGUGGCCCGAAUCCCCUCGCAAUAAUGUUCUACGUUAUUUCGACUAUGUCUUCACAGGAGUUUUCACAUUUGAGAUGCUAAUAAAGAUGGUGGAUCUGGGGCUCGUCUUGCACCAGGGCUCAUAUUUUCGGGACUUGUGGAACAUCCUUGACUUUAUAGUGGUUAGUGGUGCUCUGGUGGCCUUCGCCUUCACCGGCGGCGGGGGCAGCAGUAAGGGAAAAGACAUCAGCACGAUCAAGUCUCUGAGGGUACUGAGAGUGUUGCGACCUCUGAAGACCAUCAAACGUCUUCCUAAACUCAAGGCUGUGUUUGACUGUGUGGUGAACUCUCUGAAGAAUGUGCUGAACAUCCUGAUCGUCUACUUACUCUUCAUGUUCAUCUUUGCUGUGGUGGCCGUGCAGCUCUUCAAGGGGCGCUUCUUUUACUGCACUGAUGAAUCCAAAGAAUUUGAGCGCGACUGCAGGGGCGAGUAUCUGGUGUAUGAAUACAAUAACGAAGUGAAGGCGCAGAAGCGGGAGUGGAAGAAGUACGAUUUCCACUACGACAACGUGGCUUGGGCCCUCCUCACCCUCUUCACCGUUUCUACCGGAGAGGGGUGGCCGCAGGUACUGAAGCAUUCAGUGGAUGCGACCUAUGAGAAUCGGGGCCCGAGCCCGGGGUACCGGAUGGAAAUGUCCAUCUUUUACGUGGUGUACUUCGUGGUCUUCCCCUUCUUCUUCGUCAACAUCUUCGUGGCUCUCAUCAUCAUCACGUUCCAAGAGCAAGGAGACAAGAUGAUGGAGGACUAUAGUUUAGAAAAGAAUGAGAGAGCCUGUAUAGACUUUGCCAUCAACACCAGGCCCCUGACACGCCACAUGCCUCAGAACAAGCUGAGCUUUCAAUACCGCAUGUGGGAGUUUGUGGUUUCGCCGCCAUUUGAGUAUACCAUCAUGGCGAUGAUCGCGCUCAACACGGUCGUGCUGAUGAUGAAGUAUGACGGCGCUUCUGAGACCUAUGAAGCUGUGCUAGCCAACCUGAACAUAGUGUUUACCUCCCUCUUCUCCAUGGAGUGUGUACUGAAGAUCAUCGCCUUUGGAGUACUGAAUUAUUUCAAAGAUGCCUGGAAUAUUUUUGACUGUGUGACAGUUCUGGGCAGCGUUACUGACAUCCUGGUCACCGAGCUUGGGAUGAAUAAUUUCAUCAACCUAAGUUUCCUGAGGCUGUUCAGGGCAGCUCGUCUCAUCAAGCUGCUGCGCCAGGGAGAAACCAUCCGUAUCUUGCUGUGGACCUUCGUUCAGUCCUUCAAGGCACUGCCUUAUGUCUGCCUCCUCAUUGCCAUGCUGUUCUUCAUUUACGCCAUUAUUGGCAUGCAGCUGUUUGGAAGUAUCGCAAUUGAAGAAGACGGAGAGAGUGCCAUCAAUCAGCACAACAACUUCCAGACCUUCGUAAUGGCUCUCAUGCUGCUCUUCAGAAGUGCAACCGGAGAGGCGUGGCACGAGAUAAUGCUUUCGUGUCUGGGGAGCAAGAGGUGUGACCCUCAGACAGGAAAUCCGGAGCCGGAGUGUGGCAGCCAGUUUGCAUACCUCUACUUUGUCUCCUUCAUCUUCUUCUGUUCAUUCUUGAUGCUGAAUCUGUUCGUGGCCGUCAUCAUGGAUAACUUUGAGUAUCUGACGAGAGAUUCAUCCAUCCUGGGACCUCACCACCUGGAUGAGUAUGUCAGGAUAUGGGCCGAGUAUGAUCCUGCUGCCUGCGGGCGCAUUCAUUAUAAGGACAUGUACAGUUUAUUACGAGUAAUCGACCCGCCUCUCGGCUUAGGCAAGAAAUGCCCCCAUAGGGUGGCCUGCAAGCGACUGCUCCGUAUGGAUCUGCCCGUGGCCGAUGACAACUCGGUCCACUUCAACUCCACCCUCAUGGCCUUGAUCCGCACAGCACUGGACGUCAAGAUCGCCAAGGGUGCGGAAGGUGGUAUUGACAAGCACCAGAUGGACGCAGAGCUGAGGAAAGAGAUGAUGGCGAUCUGGCCCAACCUCUCCCAGAAGACUCUGGAUUUGCUGGUUACGCCACAUAAGUCAGCCACAGACCUGACAGUGGGGAAAAUCUACGCAGCUAUGAUGAUCAUGGAGUACUACCGGCAGAGCAAGAUCAAGCGCUCGCAGGCUCUUCGUGACGAGCAGAAUCGAACGCCAUUACUGUUUCAGCGCGUGGAGCCUCCUUCCCCCGGCCAGGAUGGGGGUCCGGGACUUAACAACGCCCUCCCUCCACCUGAGACGACAGAGACUGUCAACGGCCUGCCGGUGGAGGGGGGGGUCCCGGAGAGCCAAUCGUGGGUUACGGCUCGUGCUCAGGAGAUGUCCCAGAAGGCCGGCAGCUGGAGCCCCGAGGGACGCCCUGAGGACGGCCUGGGAAGCAUGAGCAACUCUCAGACGGUAGAGAUGAGAGAGAUGGGGCAGGAUGGUUACUCGGAUACUGAGAACUUUCCACCAAUGGAAGGCCAUGGCAGGGCCGCUUCCAUGCCCCGCCUCCCAGGCGACAACCAAACCAUCAAUGACAGCAGUCCCAUGAAGCGCUCCGCCUCGUCGCUGGGCCACAGCAGGUCUGGGCGGGGCCACAGAGACAAAGGAGGUGCAGACGACUACAACAUGGAGAGUGUACCCGAGGAGGGGAGAACUUCCAGACAUGGACACCGGCGGAAAGACCGGAAUCAUCGUGCAUCUGAGAGGUCCCUGUGCCGCUACGCAGAGGCUGACACAGGCGUCGGCACAGACCUGAGCACAACCACCCAGUCGGGCGACCUCACGUCCAAAGACAAGGAUCGCGACAGAGAUCGCGGCCGGUCCAAAGACCGCAAGCACCACCACCACCAUCACCACCACCACGGCUCGGUGGACAAGGAGCGCUAUGUAGCAGAGCGAGGGGGCGAGUACGGGCACAGGCACACCCGCGACCGGGAGCACGACCGGGAGCGAGAGCAAGACCGGGAUAGGGAGAGAGAACCGGACCGGCGCUGGUCCCGAUCGCCCAGCGAGGGUCGCGAGUGCAUGACGCACAGACAGGGCAGUAGUUCGGUCAGUGGAAGUCCCGUCCCCUCAACCUCGGGGACCAGUACGCCACGCCGGGGGCGCCGACAGUUGCCUCAGACCCCUGCAACACCCCGGCCGCAUGUUACCUACUCCCCUGUUGUCCGUAAGGCCGCGCCCACACAACCUGGGGGACCACAGAGCCGACCACCAGCCCCCCGCCACUUUUCUCCGGAGCCUGCCCAAGGACAGGGUCCUCCUCCCGCUGGACCCCCUAUAGCCCACCAUGGCACAUCUCGCCAGGGUCAUCAUCCCCCGCCUCGCUGGGGAGACACAGGUGGGGGAAGUGGCUCCAUGGAAGAGGAUGGCUGCUUCUACAGCCAGGACUAUGAACCCCAUCAUGAACCACCUGCUUAUGAGCAGAGCCCCAUGCAAGGUGCCAACCACCCACUGCCACCUCCUCCACAGCCACAGCCACACAACCCCCAUCCCCUCCCUCCACCCCAGCCACACCCUGUAAACAACCCCCACCCUCAUCCACCGCCCCACCCACAGCCCAGUCGCAUCUCGCCUAGAACUGCCGGCCAGGCGCCCCCUCCCACCACCGCCCUGACUGGGCCUGCACAGGGCCAGAUGCAGCCUGCCGCCCAGCGCCGCUUACCCAAUGGCUACCGCUCUUCUUCGCCAUCCACACAUCUCCAUGGACCCCCACAUACUGGGCCUCACAAGGUCCCGCCUCCAGCUGGGCAUCCCAGAGGUCCCUGCAAGGGCCCGCAUGAACCCUACAGCGAGAAGGAGGCGAACGACUGGUGCUAGCCUCUGGGGAUGGGGGAGGGGCGUAAGGAGGGAAACGAAUUGAUAGAUGGACCAAAAGAGGAAGAUGGGAGGCUCUGAGCCUGAGCUCUGACUGCCAAGGGAAACCAUGAAUCUUUCUGUUUUGCCUGUUCAAUGUUUUCCUCUCCCCCACUGGUUGGCAUGUCCUAGUGAUGGUGGGAUAGAUAAAGGUAUAGGUGUCAGGAUGAAGGGGUGGUACAAGAAUGUUGAGGCAGAAUCUGGAGAAACAAUUGGUGUCAAUGGAAACCACCUCCAUUUUCUGCUUGCAUUGUUGUUGCAUUCAUAUCUUGAUGCCAAAUAAGAUCAACCUCAAACUGCAGUGUUUCAGGAUGCAAGCAGGAGGGGUGAUGGACACUAGUCGUUGUGUGUCUUAAAUUACGCCUCUGGCAACGAGCUACAGCCACUUACAAGAUGUCAAGAGUUGCGACUCGACAAAAAGACACUUUACAGUCAGAGACAAAAGAAAGACCACUGUUUUUGUGUGCAUCUCAAAGCUAACUUCAGUUAAGUUAGCUGCAAGAAGAAUCAAAUCCAACCCUCCCAGCCACCAGUUGAAUAUUGAUGAGUUUUAUCAUCUGUGUUUUUAAAUAAAAACAAAACUGACAAUGAGCCCUCCACCUGUAUGAGGUGAGGAGGCUAAGUGGGUGAGAGAGUUGGGGAGUGUUGCACGGGGUUGAUGUGUCACUUGGUCAAAAUCUAUUGGACAUGAUGGCUGUGUUUGGGGUGUUUAACAUUGUUCCCGGAGAACGCCCUCCUCCCCGAAACAAACAAUGUAACCAACCUCAACCCGUAAGAGAAGAAAAACUAAAAAACGUGGAGAUGGGUUUCAGAAACAAAAAACAAACCAACAACUGUUUUCUGCAGUAUUUCUUCUUCUAUUCCUGCCUCUUCUUCCUCCUCCUCUAUUACUUCUUCAAAACAUUGAAGCUUGAAUCUUCUGUUGCACCCGACACGGCUUCGUUUUUUAGACUUGCGGAGUUGUACACCCUGUGGAAUCCUGCAUGAAUGAUACAAAAAAAAUAAUAAUAGCAUCAAUGAGAAUCUACUGUAUGUGGGAGGAAGUUUUAUUGGUCCUUUCUGUUGUGGUCUCCAGGGUUUCUCUCUUUUUGAGUGAAAAUGCCUUUCUAUGACAUUCCUCUCAUUGUACCUUCAUUUAUACUGAAAUCAAGACAGAAGGCUGCAGGGAGAUUGGCUAGUUAUAUAUGUAUAUCUCGAAAAGGAACAAAACGAUUACUUUUUGCUUGCUUGUCUGUAUGUUCUGUGCGAGAUGCCUGCCGCUGAUACAGCUGGAAUUGCACCAUUUUUUUGUGGAGUGAACUUUUUUGUAAUUACAGUGGAACAACGAUAUCCCGGGAAGCAGGGUAAAGUGGAUAAAAGAUGUGGUGUCCAUGUUGGUGACAAAGUCCGACAAAUCAGUAACAUCUCAAAGUCUUCCAGGGUUUGGGGUUAAAACAGAGACAUCCGAGAGGAAGAGAUCAAUAGAAAGGCCGAGAAAGGAGAGAAACUCUUCAUCGUUGUUUUCUUUGUUAUUGACCGUGAUGAUGGAUAAACAGACAAUAUAAUAACUUCUAAUGAUCAUGAUGAUCUUGAUAUUAAGACAGAUUCUCCAUAUUUGGUUUGAUAUUCUGUUCCGUAUGUUUGUUUUCUUUUGAGCUCAGCUUAUCCUUUUUCCAACCCUGAGGUGGAGCUCUAUCCCACAGUUGCAUUGUGGGAGAAUGAGUUGGCGGGAGGCCAAGCAUGAGUCAGAGAGCAUCCACAGCAGUAAAUAGCUCUGUCUUUCUUGUCACUCUUUUUCAAAGCCAAUAUAGAAUUUAGACAGUGGGGGAGUUUCAUUGUGAGUCCCCUUUAAAAGCGUGUCAAACACAGCAGUUUCAUGCACACUGCAUUUAAGUGAAUGCAUCUUCUCUCCUGCAGAUGCUGAAGCAGAGUUCCACCACCGCGUGUGACCUUCCAGUGGCGCUGUAUGACAGCGUCCCUCCUAGUUUUUGUACCACUCCUUUUGCUUCACUUGUGAUUCAGAGUUGUUCUAUCAGUGCACCAAGAACACAGCUCAGCUCAUUCUCUCACUUGUAGACCACCUCGUCUGUGCUCCCUUCGUGUAAACACAGUUCAGUUGGGUUGGAGAAAAGAUGCCUGGGCCUCGUCAUGGUCCUGGAAAACAUCUGUGUUCUGUGUGUAUCACUCCUGUAAAUCUUGUAUUUAUUUCCGUGUGUUUCUCUGUGUGCCUCAAUCUAACACGUGUCACUAACGCACACCACUGUCAGCCCCAACAUUAUUAUUAUUUUUAUUUAUUUGGCCUACGUUUUACCUGGAGGCCUAUCACAUGUUGACCAGAGAAUGCACUGAAAAAAUAGAAAAGAAAAGAAAACUGCCUAUUAGUGUCUUUCCAACCUCAGUGGAAUGUCACAAACAAGUAUUUUUUUCAAAUCAGAAAGCACACUAAGUAUGUAGCUCCAGGUUGUGGUGUGUGUGUGUGUGUGUGUGUGUGUGUGUGUGUGUGUGUGUGUGUGUGUGUGUGUGUGUGUGUGUGUGUGUGUGUGUACACAUGGGUAAGUGCGUUUCAGAUACAUUUUUGGUGUUUUGUUUUUGUGCUUACUGCUUUAGAUUUUUUGUCUCCAGAAAUCCUUUUGAAACGUUUUAAUCAAGUCAUCAUAACAAUCUGACUGUGUGUGUGUGUGUGUGUGUGUGUGUGUGUGUGUGUGUGUGUGUGUGUGUGUGUGUGUGUGUGUGUGUGUGUGUGUGUGUGUGUGUGUGUGUGUGAAUGGUAACAUGCAAAGCCCCAAACAUUCACCAUCCAUCUUUGUGUCUAUGCUGCAGUGAAAACCACUAACACGCUAAUUAACCACACAGUCUUCAAAAAGCAAUGUAAAGCCGCUACUGAGAAGAGAGAAAAAAAGAAUUUUCUUUAAGUACAAAAGAUUUUUAAAAACAAGGAAAAAAUAUCUAGUUCCAGAAAUGCAUGUGCUAUGUGCAUGCCACACCGUGGGUUAACAGUCAUCUUCAGGACAUAAAAGAAAAAAAGCAGAUUAAUGAAUUCAGAGGAAUUUAAAAAAAAAAAUUAAAAGAUAUAUAGGUAGAUAGAUGUUUUUAAAAAGCAACGUUUCCUUUUUUUCUUCUAUUUUUGAGAACAAAAAAGGUUACAAAAUUACCAAAAAAAAUGUCUAAAGAAUAAAAACACAAAAGAGACUUUGGUGAGUUUGUUUUCUUCUGUUACAUGGGGGUUGAGGCACAACACAACCAUGUUCGGGACCACCGCAAAAAGAACUGUUUAAAAAAUAUAUAUACAAAGAAAAGUAAGUACAGUUCAGGUGGUGCAUUCUUCCUUCUACUUUGUGUGGGGGUCAGAGGGCGCAGGAGCCAAGUCUGAUGAUGUAGCUCCUCAUUAUAACUGGCUGUGGAACUUUUGAUCUCUCACUCACUCACUCUCUAUCUCUCUUUCUCUCUCUCUCUCUCUAAUUCUGUCUCUUCACACUCUUAUCUGUCGCACUCUCAAGCUGUCUCGCCGCUAUUUCUACCAGUGCAUUUUGUAAUUCCAAACAAAACUCUUCCUAAAGAAUAAAAACCAGAGAAUGCAAACCGCU